AUCAUUAAGCGAUGAAGUCUACGCUUGAUGCACGCCCUGUGCAGGCGUGUCCAGCACACAUUCCUGGCCAGACGCAGAGAUGUGGAACAGCGACGGCACUACGCCGAGAAAUGUGACUCGGUGAUCAAAGGCGUUGUGGUGGGCGUGUACGCCAAGGAGGGCGACCGCCAGCCCAAGAUGACACCAUCCGGCGAGAAGUUUGACGAUCGCGUCCAGGGUAAGAUCACUGAUCUCAUACGCGAGACGGGCCUGAGUGGCCAGCUGGGAAAAGGCCGUGUCUUUAUGAACGUGGAUGCGGAGUUCCGUGCGGUGGCCGUGGUCGGCGUGGGAGAGGAGGGGUCCGGCUUCAACGACCUGGAGAUGAUCGACGGGGAAUGGAGAACGCUCGCGUCGCUGCCGGCGUGGGGGCUCGUGCCCUUUAACUGCAGGGCUGCACAGAUGUCUUCGUGGAGUCGAUGGAGUAUGCGGAGCAGGCGGCCGAGGGGAGCGCCUUGGCCGUCUGGGGCUACAACACCAACAAGCGCACUCAUUUCCAAACUGGAGCUGUACGACUCUCCCGACUCGGAUGCCUGGAUGCGGGGCCUGUUCAAGGCCGAAUCGCAGAACCUGGCCCGUCGCCUGGCCGAUACGCCGGCCAAUCAGAUGACGCCCACAAUCUUCGCCCAGUCAACGGUGGAUGCCCUGUGCGCCUGCGGGGUAUCCGUGGAGGUACGCAGCAUGGACUGGAUCGAGUCCAAGAUCUUGAACAGCUUCUUGAUGGUGGCCAAGGGCAGCUGCGAGCCGCCGAUCAUCUUGGAAAUCGCCUACUGCGGCACCGCACCCGAGGACAAGCCCAUCCUCCUGCUGGGCAAGGGCAUCACAUUCAACAGCGGGGGCCUCUGCCUCCGUCCCAAGAACUGAUUGUCCAUGCACCGC